AGCAACUCGUCUGCAAAAACACCACAGUGAAGCCAUGAUCUCCAAGCUGCAGAAAACCAUUAGACCACUGUGUGCAAUCAGAGGAAUGCAUAAGUCUGCAGUGGAAGUCUUGGAGCGCCCAGCCCCUGAGGACACAGUCACAGCCAGCUUUGGGCAGUUUAUCAGUGGGGUGAAACCCCAGCACUUGUCCUCUGUGGUGCUCCACCGCAGUAAAAGGAUGGUGCUGGACAGCAUAGGGGUCGGCCUGCUUGGCAGCACCACUGACGUGUUUGAGCUGGCUCUGCAGCACUGCCAGCACAUGUAUGCCCCUGAUGACAUCAGCUCUGUGUACGGACGCCGGGGCACCAAGCUCUCCCCGACACUUGCAGCCUUUGUCAAUGGAGUGGCAGCUCACUCUAUGGACUUUGAUGAUACAUGGCACCCCGCCACUCAUCCCUCAGGUGCCGUCCUUCCUGCUCUGUUAGCUCUCAGCGAAAGGAUGCCUGGUAACAAGCCCAGUGGCCUGGACUUCCUGCUGGCUUUCAAUGUUGGCAUUGAGAUCCAAGGCCGACUGAUGAGGUUCUCUAAUGAGGCCCGCAACAUCCCCAAGAAGUUCCACCCUCCCAGUGUGGUAGGCACCAUGGGAAGUGCAGCAGCCUGUGCCUGCUUACUGUCUUUGAAUGCCUCCCAGUGUAGUCAUGCCUUAGCCAUUGCUGCUUCUCUAUCUGGAGCCCCAAUGGCUAAUGCUGCCACCCAGUCCAAACCUCUCCACAUAGGCAAUGCUUCUCGGCUAGGGCUGGAGGCUGCUCAGUUGGCCUCUCGAGGUCUGGAGGCGAGUCCUCUGGUCCUCGAUGCUGUGACAGGGGUGGCCGGCUUCAGUGCUUUUUAUGAAGACUACAUGCCGCAACCUUUGACAUCACCCAAUGGUGAAACCCAUACCUUCCUGCUAGAGGAGCAGGACAUGGGCUUCAAGCGCUUCCCUGCCCAUCUUGGGAUGCACUGGGUUGCAGAUGCAGCAGCUGCUGUUCAUAAGUUCAUUGUUGGGAUUGAAUCAAACACAGUCUCCCCUGCUCAGAUUCAGGACAUCAUGCUCAGAGUCCCCCACUCCAAGUACAUCAACAGACCAUUCCCUGAGUCUGAGCACCAGGCGCGCCAUUCUUUUCAGUUCAAUGCUUGCACCGCUUUGUUAGAUGGGGAGGUGACAGUAGAGUCUUUCUCCCCUGCUGCCUUGAGACGCCCUGAGCUGCUCAGUCUGUUGAGUCGGGUUAGUGUUGAGCAUCCCCAUGACAACCCAGCCAACUUCGAUCGCAUGUACGGCGAAGUCGAGGUGACGCUUGUUGGAGGAGAUGUUCUAAAGGGCCGCUGCGAUACCUUUUACGGUCACUGGCGCAACCCACUGACCAAUGAGAGCCUGAGGAAGAAGUUCCGCAACAAUGCAGGAGUGGUGCUGCCCCCAGAAAAUGUUGAAGGCCUGAUUGAAGCGGUAGAGGGACUGGAUGAACUUGAAGACUGUACACCUCUUCUCUCCCAGCUACAGUGA